AUGCCAAAACUAGAAACCCACUGGGCGACGAUCGUGACAAGCUACAGUCCCUCAACAAUAGAAUUCACCGGAACGCUUCUAAUCCAACUCCUCACCUUCUGGCUCCCCUCCCUAAUCUACCUGACCCUCCCCACCCUAUUCCCAACCUGGUCAAACAACCACAAAAUCCAACCGGCCCCAAAACAACCGACCAAAAAGGAAAUCCACCACUGCUUCAAAAUCGUCCUCCGCAACCAACUCCUAACCACAACCCUCCACCUACUCCAACUAAACCUCCUCAACAAGGGCACCUCCUCCUACACCCUAACACCCACCUUCCCAAGCCUCCCAAUCCUAGCCCGCGACUUCCUCCUCAGCCUCCUCGCUCGCGAAGCCCUCUUCUACUACGCCCACCGCUUCCUCCACCGUCCCUACUUCUACGUCCGCAUCCACAAACAGCACCACAAGUUCACGGCCCCCAUCGCCCUCGCCGCGCAGUUCGCCCACCCCAUCGAACAGAUCUUCGCUAAUGCGCUGCCGAUCUCCCUGCCGCCGCAGUUGCUGGGGAGUCAUGUGUUGACUUUUUGGGCGUUUUUGGGGUAUGAGUUGUUUGUGACGGCGACUGUGCAUAGUGGGUUUGAUUUCUUUGGGGGGAAGGCGAGGAUGCAUGAUUUGCAUCAUGAGAAGUUUAAUUUGAAUUAUGGGAGUCUGGGGUUGCUGGAUUGGGUGCAUGGGACUGAUCGGUUGGAGAAGAGGAGGGAUUGA